UGCGGCUCCUCUGCGCGUCUCGAUGCGCCUGAGGUCGCUGUUUGGAGCGUCACCUCCUUCUUCUCUUUCGCUUUUGCUGUGAAAAUGGAGAAACGCAGCGUGGACUCACGGGUCAAAGGAGUCAGCACAGGGACCACCAUCCUGGCUGCCACGUUUGAUGGAGGGGUUGUGAUUGGUUCAGAUUCCAGGGCUUCCAUUGGAGGGGAAUACGUGUCAUCUAAGACCAUCAACAAGGUGGUCCAGGUUCAUGACCAGAUCUUCUGCUGCAUGGCCGGCUCACUAGCAGAUGCUCAGGCUGUCACCAAGGCUGCAAAGUUCCACCUGUCACUCCAUAGUGUGCAGAUGGAGAGCCCUCCACUGGUGAUAGCAGCAGCAUCGGUGCUGCAGGAACUGUGCUACAACAACAAAGAGGAGCUGCAGGCGGGCUUCAUCACAGCAGGCUGGGACAGGAAGAAGGGACCUCAGGUGUACGUGGUGUCUCUUGGUGGGAUGUUGAUCGGUCAGCCGGUGACCAUCGGAGGCUCAGGCAGCACCUACAUCUACGGCUACGUCGACGCCAAAUACAAAGCCCACAUGAGCAGAGAGGAAUGCCUGCAGUUUGCCACUAAUGCUUUAGCUCUUGCUAUGGGCAGAGACAACGUCAGCGGAGGCGUGGCUCACCUUGUGGUCAUCACGGAAACUGGGGUGGAGCACGUGGUUGUCCCCGGCAACCAGCUGCCCAAGUUUCACAACGAGUGACAGCGUCCAACAAACAAGGAAUUCUUGACUUUUGUUUUUCAGCUUUAUUUCAGUAACUGUUUGAAAUUCCUGAUCCACAAUCUCAUCAAUAAUGUCCUGUAUAGGACUGGAAUGUAACACAUUCUGCACACACACACACACACACACACACACACAC